AACACCUAGAGACACAGGGAGACGGUUCACUCCGGAGCUGUUUUCUCGCUGGACAACUAACUAACUUAAGAGAAGUAAAGACUUCAAUACCGAUGGCCACCGUGGAUCAUGGGGCAGUCCGGCCACUAACAGCAGUGGCGUGGACAUCCAACACUUCCACCUGCCCCAAAGACUUCACCUUGAUCAACAUUACUGAAGACGGAGCAAACGCAAGCUUCACACGUAGCUUUGCAAUGAGGCCCGGUUACUACCUUUGUUACAGUAAGGCCACUUCAGGUGGGAUGGUCAUGUCGGACAUUCAGCUCAUUACAGACAAGGAUGCCAUUCCUCAUGGCUACUGCUUCAUAGCGGAGUACUUGGAACCAAAGGCAACCGUUUCAAAGAAGAAACGCAUAUGUGUGCGUGUCGUCCCAGUCGGUAGUGUUGACACGGCUGUCUUGGAUAUCAAACUGACAGCCAAAAGCAAAAUGAUGUUGCAGCACUACACAUAUGUUGGAGACAUCCAUGGCUAUGUGUUGUGGUGUAGAAAGGGCCGUUUUGCCAGCACCACGCCAAAAGCCAAGCCCCGCAGUGUCAGUCUGGAGUUCCGCAGACUCUCAUUGGAGCUCCCAUCUACUCCCCAGCCUCUAAGACCCAGCAACUCUCCUCAAGUGCCACAAGGUAAACUCAGCCAAAGGCGCCACUCCCUCCAUGUCAAAGAAAGCUUGGACAAACCGGCUGAUAGUAGCAUCCAGGGAAUCACAGCACUAGAUGGAGUACCCUUCAGCCUUCACCCAAAGUUUGAUAUCCAACCAAAUGCUACGAAUCCUCGGCUGAACCAUCAGCUCAACAACAUUCAUAUAAAAUCACUCCAAGACAUAGAAAAUGAGUAUAACUACACAUUUGCAGUGGAAGAGAUUGCUUUCAAGAGAACCUGACCGCGAGUGCCGACAUCCUCAUCAGUUCAGUGAUCUUUGUUCUUUUCCAAAGCAACAUCUGAUCCCCUCCGUGAGAAUGUGAUCAUGGUACAAAUGAAGGGAAAUCACAUUUUUGUGGAGCUUUGGAACAUGAAACAUUUGAAGGAAAGGUAUUAUUUAAAAGUCAUGCAUUAACCAUCUAUUUGUUGUUAAUCAUAACAUCUUCAAACAUUCCAGUUCCAUUCCAUUUGAAGAAAUAUAUUCUUCAAAUGGAAUAACAGGAAUAAUGGAAUAACAGGGUGAACAAUGUAGUGAAUAUAUGACUAUUUAUCUACUGUUUGUGACAAAUCAUCUACAGUGAUAGUCCAUCAUGUUUGCUUUUACAUGCUUCAUAUAGCAUGCAAGGUUCAAUAAUAUGCCAACGCUGUGUGCUGUUCACUACCUGACAAUCUAGAGUGCUACUGUGCUCCACAAGUAUCAAAAAUGUCAGAUUACAGAAAAGAAAAGAAAAAAAACACAGGCCACACUUUUUUUCUUGGAAAGUGCAUGUCCUUGCAUGUAUACAUCUUUGAAUGUCUGUUAUAGUAUUUCCUUUAUUAAGAUUAGCAAGCUGUGUUUCAUCCCCACAGAAAAAAAUAAUAGAAGGAAGGACAUGUUUCUGGGGCAGUUGUGUAAAAAAUCAUGUAUGAUCAGGUUUUAUAUUAUAUGUGAUUGUGAUUGAUCAAUGUUCUUUGUAUGCCCUCAAAAGCAAAUGUAUAAUGCUUGAGAAAAUAAAAGAUAAUGAAGAUGA